AUGUUGCCCGAGCUACAGGCUAAAAAGUAGGUGGAUAAAUGAUAUUACGGUAAAUGUACAACAGAUCGUAUAUUGAGUUUCCGAAAUUAAAUCAAUGAAAGAUCGUGGCAGUAAUAUGGGCGCAUUAAUUAUUGACAGCAUAGUUCUAUCGUUAGAGCUACAACCGGUUUGCUAAAAAUGAGCAUUAUAGUGUCAACACUAAUACUCGCGUUUCACCCUUUUGCAUUAGAAGGAUAUAUUGCUGAUUGCUCAAACAACAUAAACUGCAAGUUCAUAUCCCGUCCAAGGUCUUAUCUUUUCCUGGAGUAUUUCAGGCUUUGUCUCAAACAUUUGGAUAAGCUUUUUGAACGAUGUUGUCUAUCUUUAUGUAGGGAAGUGUUUGUAUGUUGACUUCUGGUUUUACCUUAAUCUGUGUGUGUUGUUUUAGGAGUGGCACAUAGAAAAGUAGUAUGAUCAACUAAGGUUACAGAAUAAGUGUAAAUGUUUCGGGCGCCAGACCCUUGUGACAGCGCUCUAAAGGAUUCUCCUUGACUAAAGAUCUAGGGACUAAAGUGUCAGUUUUGGAAUCUUUUUACUCUGGCCAGUUGUUGUUAGAGAAUUGGUAAAUCAAACCUCAAGCUAAGUGUAAGGUCGCAGGGAAAAAUCGUUUUAUUGUGUGAUGAAAGAUUGCUGCUGAAAAAAGUUAACUACGUGUUGGAGGUUUCUCAGCUUAAGCAACAUUUUUAUUACUUGUUUUCCAUCUUUAAUGGUCACUCUGCAAACUUUUAAUGAGAAUUUAAGGGUGCCUCAUAGUGACAAGUUAUUCGUCUGAUUUUAAAUCAAACGUCUUCCCUAGGGUAGUUAUACCACUGUGUGGAGGGAAUAUCGACUCCACAGUGCUAGGUCGCUGUAUUGAUCGCGGUUUAGCCGCCGAUGGAAGGCUCUGUAGAUUUAUCGUCACCGUCAAUGAUAGACCAGGAGGAAUUGCAGAACUAACAAGGCUGUUGGCUUCAAUGGGAGCAAGGUAACCUAAACUUAUAUUAAGCGAUUUUCUGAAAACUGGUUUCUUUAAUACUUACCGUGUUUGUGAUUGGCUGAAUUUUUUUCGCCAAGUCAAAAAUUAUCUCUCCCCAUUUAGACAGUUUCCAGCGCUUUGCGUCAGCUGCCUGUUUUUACCUCACUUCUGAUUGGUUCACCGUAGUCUCCCGUAGAAGCCUCUCUCUAACUUCCUUCCCAGCAUGGCUUUUUUUUUUCUGAAGUUCCUUUGCCUCAGAGAGACCUCAGGAAUUAGGAUGGCCGUUUGUGUCUCAAUUGGCUCUAAAACGCGCGGGCAAGGGACAGGGGAAAGCGCGAGGGGAAUGCUGGGAAGAGAGAAUAAUUUAUAUUUGUUGUGAGUUUAUUUGUUUAUGAAAGAAAUCCUCCUAUUCGGAGGAGACAACCACAGUUUUCGUUUGGUUUCGGUUUUUUGACAGUUGGAAAAAAAAAAAGCUAGUGCUGCUAGAAUGCAAGUAGAUUACAUUUCAUACAGUUUGAUUUCUUUUAAUUUUUUGCUUGUAGUUAUCAGACCCUAGUUUGGAAGAAAAAAACUUGCGCAUUUCUUACGUCACCAACGAUCCCGCCAACAAUAUGCCGUUUAACCUUUUCCGGUAUCAUUUUUCACCGUUCUCCGAUCCCCUUUCCCCCACUCCUUUCUUCCAACCUCCCGGUUUGCAAUCAACAGUGGUUACCGUAUGAUCGCCUGUUUUUAAAAUCUUUUUUCGUCGCUUGUUCUCUUUUAUUGCAAGAAUAGUCAUCUAGUGAUCACUGUUUUGUGUCUUUUUAUCUCAACAACAACGAAGUGUUCUUAUUCUCUCAAUUUAAUUUUAGCGUAAAAGAUAUUUUUCAUGAACGGGCGUGGCUUAUGUCGAGUGUGUUCAGCGUACAGGUGAGUGGUUACAGUCUUAUCUGUGUUUAUUCACUCUUUUGAGUGCAAUUUAACACUUUAAAACUUGUAUUUCUUUGUUGUGACAGAUCAAAGUUGUAGUGGAAGUUCGGGAUCAGCAGCAUGGACUUCAAGUCAAAGAGGCAUUGGAACUGCAAUAUCCGGAUAGUCUGCUUUGGGGACUGGAC